ACUGAUAACAAUGAAUAUUGAUAUUUUAUCGUGAUGGUGUCCGAAACUCGAAAGUUCGGGCUACAGCUAUUUAUAAUUGUAAAAUAUGGUUAUUGCUUAUGGGUUGCCCAUCGACCCAUGAUUCUCGUGCUUAAAAAGUGAAAUGAAUAUCUACAAUCAGUAUUGAACAGCUGGAAAUUGCCGCACUCGCGCUGUUUAUAUUAUGUAUAGUGCUUAUACCAUCAUAGAAUAACUGUUAUUCUAUGCUUAAACUAUCUUUAUUCUUAGAUUCGAAUAAGAUGGGUUUGUUAUCCAAUAAUCCAUCUUGAUCAGCAUCUUUGCAUAUCACAGAGUUUCGAGUGUUAUCACGACGAUCGUGUGUGGUGUGCACAGAUUUUUGUAUAGUUUAGUAUAAAAGUCUGUGGUGGUGUGUGGUACUGUGGUGGUCGUCCGUGACGAAGGACAUGUCGAAAUGUCGAAUUUUUCUCGAAAUUUUUUCGGACGACACCGGCUCCCCCAGGCCUCGAUCGUGCUCACUAAUUAUUUGCGACAAACUAACGAGCCACCGUGGACGUCAUUUUUCGUUAAAUACACUUCGGUGAUCGAUGACCAAAGGGGCCGGUCUCACUUCAAUUGGAAAACCGGUGACUCAAACUAUCACGUUCUACGCUCCGGCUGUUUUCCGUAUAUUAAGUACCAUUGCACCAAAAGGCCGUACGAAGACCUGCAAGUAGAGGAUCGGUUGUUUAAUAUUUUAAAAAUCGUCAAUCUGGGUAUACCAUUGCUUUUGUAUGGUUUAUCUGCUGUUUUUAUGAUUUCAUAUAAAGAAAUAGUGAAGACACCUGAAGGAGAUGUUUAUGUUUAUUUUCUUUUAAAAGAAGACAAAGGUUCGACACACUAAAAUAAUUUUAAUAUAGGUAGUAUGUUUUAGACCAAACUGAAAUAAAUGUU